AUGCGUUUGGAAGCCUCAAUUGAUGUGUCAAGACUUCUUUUGCAAUAUGGAUUACCUUUUCGAGGUCACGAUGAAAGUGAAUCUUCAAUUAAUCAAGGCUUCUUUCUAGGAUUUUUGCGACGGCACGGGGACAAACAUCCGGAUGUGGGAAAAGUGAUAUUGAAAAAUGCCCCACAAAAUGAUACAUUGACUUGUCCUAUGAUUCAAAAAGAUAUUGUCAAUGCUUGUGCAAAAGAAACAUUGAAAGCAAUAAUUGGGGACUUGAAUGGAGAUUACUUUGGUAUAUUAGUUGAUGAGUCAAAAGGCAUCUCUCACAAAGAACAAAUGGCUCUUGUUUUGCGUUUUGUUAAUAAGAAUGGUAAAGUAGUUGAACGAUUUAUCGGUCUUGUCCAUGUUAGUGAUACAUCGGCAUGUUCAUUGAAGAAAGCGAUUUAUUCUUUGCUUUCCGUUCACUCACUUAGUCCAUCCAAAAUACGUGGACAAGGUUAUGAUGGGGCUAGUAAUAUGAAAGGAGAGAUAAAUGGAUUCAAAACUUUGAUUAUGAAAUAUAGUCCAUCGGUAUAUUACAUUCAUUGUUUUGCUCAUCAAUUGCAACUAACACUAGUGGCUAUUGCUAAAAAACAUUUGGAUGUUGAAUAUUUUUUUGAUCAUGUUAGUAAUGUGUUGAAUGUUGUUGGAGGAUAUUUCAAGCGUAGAGACUUACAUCGUGAUCACCAAGCCAAAAAGUUAGAGAAAUUAUUUGAAUUCAGUGAAGUUCAAAAAGGCCAAGGAUUACCUCAAGAACGUGGGCUUCAAAGACCAGAGCUUAAUGACCGUUUUGAUGUAGUGAGUAGUGAUUUGCUUCUUGGGAUGGGUAGCUUGAAUCCGGUCAAUUCUUUCUCUAAUUUUGACAAAGGUAAAAUCAUGACUUUAGCAAAGUGUUAUCCAAGUGAGUUUAAUGAUGGAAAAAUUCGAGAUUUGGGCUAUCAACUCGAUACUUUCAUUAUUCAUACGCGAAGUGGUAAUCCCAAGUUCUCCAACUUGCAAGGAAUUCGUGAUUUGGCGAAGGCAUUGGUUGAAGCAAAUCUUGCGGAGACUUAUUCACUUGUUUAUUUACUUGUAAAGUUGACUUUGAUUUUACAUGUUGCUACGGCAAUUGUGGAGAGAGCAUUUUCGUCAAUGAAGCACAUAAAAAAUGAAGUGCAGAAUAGUAUUGGUUAUCUGCGUGAGCCUCUAAUUUAUAUUAAAGAUAUACAUGAGAUGAGUAACAAAAUUGGGGAGAUCUUCCAGUAA